AUGGUCUCUCGUCGCAGGUUCAGUCGCCGCUUAAUUGCUGUUGCAACCGCCGUUGCGAUCUUCUUCUUCUACCACAUCUUCUCCCUAUCCGAUAACAAUAAUCGCGCAUGGCGACCGCAUUUCACAACCACCGAAACCACCCCAGACCUCGACGAGAAUGGCGAACCAGCUCCCUUCUGUCCGCCAUUGCCCGGCAUUGAGGAUGUGCUCGUGGUCAUGAAGACAGGAGUGACAGAAUCCCGCGAAAAAGUCCCCGUCCACUUCCAAACAACCCUGCGCUGCAUCCCCCACUAUGUGAUCUAUUCCGACUUCGAGGAGGAAAUCGAAGGCGUCAAAAUCCACGAUGUCCUCCGCAACAUGGACAGCACCGCGAAGAAAAACCCGGACUUCGAAUUCUACAACCGCGUCGUCAAGUACGGCCGCAAGGGCCUCGAACAACAGGAUUUCGCCGACGAGGCCAACUCCGCCAUCGGGAAACCAAACAACCCGGGCUGGAAACUCGACAAAUGGAAGUUCCUUCCAAUGGCCCAGGAAGCGCUCCACUACAAACCCAACGCCAAGUGGUUCAUCUUCAUCGAAGCAGACACCUACGUCUCCUGGCCGACGGUGCUCGCCUGGCUGGCCCGCUUCGAUCACACGAAGCCGCACUAUCUGGGCACGGAGACCCAGAUUGCAGAUGUCAUCUUCGCGCACGGCGGUUCCGGCUUCAUGCUUUCGAACCCUGCUCUGCAGCGCGCAUCGGACGAGUACUCUUCCCGCGAGCUCGAGCUGAACGCGUACACGGACGGCCACUGGGCCGGCGACUGUGUGCUAGGCAAGGUUCUCGCCGAUGCCGGCGUAAACCUACACUUUACAUGGCCGAUCCUGCAGAACUCUAAUAUCGGCGAGCUGGACGAGUUCACCGUCGACUUCUAUCGCCAUCCGUGGUGCUUCAUAGCCGUCGCAAUGCACCAUCUCUCCCCAACCGACAUCGAGAACCUCUGGAAGUUUGAACAAAAGCGCUGGCGUGAUAAAAACAAACGUAUCCUCCUCCACGGCGACUUCUUCCGCGAAUUCAUCUACCAAGAAAUCGCAACCCAACCCACCCGUCUCAACUGGAACAACCUAGCAGCCGACGACCAACCCUUCGCUCAUUCCUUCGAAGACUGCCGCGAGAUCUGCGAGGCGCAGAAAACCUGCGUGCAAUUCUCUUUCCACGACAAUACCUGCUUCACGAGCUCCAACCCUCGUCUCGGCAACGCCGUUCCCGGCGGCGACGCCACCUCUGGCUGGAUCACUGCUCGGAUUCGGGAUCUGAUUGAGAAGAAGGGAUUGUGUCCCAACCCCGAGUUUGGGGAUUAG